UGCCAGGAACAAUCUGGAUCAGAGGGUGCCCUUAUGUAAAGCUCCCCCACCAAGCUGGCCCAGUAAAAUCCUCUUGAAGGCAAAGAGCAAAGGGAUGCUGGUGGGGGCAGCAGAGCUGGAAGCUGAGGCGGAAGUAAGGAGCCGUGUCCUCUCCCAGUGGAGCUGGCUGCUGGAGGAAUGUGCAGGAUCAACACAGAGCCCGUGUUUAGACAGGAGGCGCUGAGUGUUUUUGGCCAGCGAGAGAUGGUGUCAGGCCUGACAGAUGAUGAAGACAUCAAGGUGAUGCUGAAGGGCUCCUUUCUCUGGAAGAUCAAGUCACGCAGACGGAAGAAGGAGCGGUUCUACCGCUUGCAGGAGGACGGCUUGACCAUCUUGUCUGAGAGCUGCUUUAAACGGGCUCGCUCCAAGCAGAUCUUCCCCAUCAUGCACAUGGACGGCGUGCGGGAGGGCUACCAGUCCGAGGGGCUCCGCAAGCACGGCAGUUUCUUCCCGGAGACGCAGUGCCUCACCAUCGUCUUCAAGGGUCGGCGGAAGAACCUGGACCUGGCUGCCCAGAGUGAGGAGGAGGCGAAGAGGUGGGCCCAGGGGCUGAAGAAGCUGAUGGCCAAGGUGGAAGCCAUGAGCCAGCAAGAGAAGCUUGAUCACUGGAUCCAUGACAUCCUGCACCGAGCCGACAAGAACAAGGACAACAAGAUGACCUUCAAGGAGAUCAAGGACAUGCUGAAGAUGAUCAAUAUCGACAUGAAUGACAUCUACGCCUACCAGCUCUUCCAGGAGUGCGAUAAGUCCAGCAACGACCGGCUGGAGGAGCACGAGAUCGAGGAGUUCUGCACCUUGCUGAUGAAGCGGCCCGAGCUGGAGGAGCUGUUCCACCGCUACUCGGGGCAGGACUGCGUGCUGUCGGCCAAGGAGCUGGGGGCCUUCCUGCAGGACCAGGGCGAGGAUGCUGACCUGGCGCAUGCCCACACCAUCAUCCAGACCUAUGAGCUCAGCGAGAAAGCCAAACAGCACAACCGCAUGAUGCUGGACGGGUUCAUGAUGUACCUGCUCUCUGCGGCUGGUGACAUCCUGAACCAGGAGCACACCGACGUCUACCAGGACAUGAGCCAGCCCCUCUGCCAUUACUUCAUCUCCACCUCCCACAACACCUACCUGACCGACAAUCAGAUCGGGGGGGCCAGCAGCACCGAAGCCUACAUCAGGGCGUUCAUGGAGGGCUGCCGCUGUGUGGAGCUGGACUGCUGGGAGGGCUCCAACGGGGAGCCCGUCAUCUACCACGGCCACACCCUGACCUCUAAGAUCCUCUUCAGGGAUGUCAUCGAGAUCAUCCGGGACUAUGCCUUCAAGCACUCCUCGUACCCCGUGAUCCUGUCCCUGGAGAAUCACUGUGGGCUGGAGCAGCAGGUGACCAUGGUUCGGCACAUGAAGGCAAUCUUGGGGGACAUGCUGCUGACCCAGAUGCUGGAUGGGCAGGUCCCCAAGGAGCUCCCGUCACCAGAGCAACUGAAAGGGAAGAUCCUGGUGAAAGGGAAGAAGCUGCCGGACCUGGUGUGUGACCCCGAGAACAUGAGCUUCCUCUCCGACAACAACGAGGAGGAGGAGGAAGAGGAGGAAGAGGAGCGGGUGCUGCGCAAAGACCGCAGGAGGUCGUCCCAUUUGCUGCAGGAGAUCAGGCCACUCCAGGCGAAGGACACUGCGCAGAUCUCCCAGGAGCUCUCCGACCUGGUGGUGUACUGCCAGGCCGUCCCCUUCCAGAGCCUGGAGCACGCACUCAGGAGCCAGCAGGCCUGCCAGAUGUCCUCCUUCAGCGAGAGGAAGGCCAGGAAGCUCAUCAAGGAGUCAGGGAACGGCCUGGUCCGGUACAACACCCGGCAGCUGAGCCGCAUCUACCCCUUGGGGCUGAAGAUGAACUCUUCAAACUACAACCCCCAGGAGAUGUGGAACGCCGGAUGCCAGCUAGUGGCUCUCAACUUCCAGACCCCCGGCUGCGAGAUGGAUCUGAACCACGGGCGGUUCCUGGUGAACGGGCGCUGUGGCUACGUGCUCAAGCCCAGCUUCCUGCGGAGCCGCCAGGCCUCCUUUGACCCCGAGAGCGGGCGAGGGCCCGGCCACAGAGCCACCCGGCUGCUGGUCAAGGUGAUCACGGCCCAGCAGCUCCCCAAGCUGAACAACAAGAAGAGCUCCAUCGUGGACCCCUUCGUGCGCGUGGAGAUCCACGGCGUCCGAGCCGACUGCAGCAGUAAACAGACCGAGUACAAGCUCAACAAUGGGUUCAAUCCACGCUGGGAAGAGACCCUGAGCUUCCAGCUGCGGGUGCCGGAGCUGGCCCUGGUGCGCUUCGUGGUGGAAGAUUAUGACACCACCUCCUGCAAUGACUUCGUGGGGCAGUUCACCCUGCCCUUCACCAGCCUGAGGGAAGGUGGGUGCCUGGCAGGGGCUGGCCAGGCCCACGGGGCAGAGAGCCAGCGGGUAUCGUCACAUCCACCUGCUCUCCAGGGACGGGGCGUCCCUGGCACCGGCCACUCUCUUUGUGCACAUUAAAUCCAAGAAGAUGUGAGCGCACACGGAUGAGGAUCAGCGGCGGCGAGAUCAGCACCCAGGCGGCUGUGGCAGGACCCAGGAGGAGCCGGUUCAACGUGACCCUCCUCGGCUGGGUGCGUGGAGGCCCAGCCCAGCCAGACCUACACCCGGGGGCUGGGCUGCAGGGGGAGGUGAGGCCUCUGUUCUGUCUGCCCAGGGCGUAGCUGCUGCAGAGACUGGUUUGGUUCCCACCCCCCUAAAGUAACCUGGGGAGGGCUAAAUUCCUCCAGGACUCCAGCCUCUGCACCUGCCUCCUCCCCGGGGCCACGGGCUGCGCCCAUCCCCAGCACGCUGCUGGAAAGAGGCCGGAGGAAGGGACCUGAACCGGCCGGGAGCCUGUGUUAGGACAGCCCCACGGCAGGGUCAGUGGUAAAGCAGGUGGGUGGUGUGUUUUUUCUAGCUAGCGUUGGCAUUUAUUUAGCUGUGGUAGGCUACACGCUGCCCACGCCCCCAUGCAUCGCACAGGCACCCGCUGAUGGGGGGAGGUAGGGGACGGAUGGAAACACACACGCACACUUUCCCGUUAACCCUUUAGUGGCCUCUCUUCACACUGAGCUGAGAUGCUUGUAUCUGAAGGAGCCUUGUGCUCGGCUGCAUGGCUUGGCUGUAAGCACAGCAGCCCGGGUGGAUUUUGUGAGACAGGCCCUGGAGCCUAGGGCCUGUUCCAAGCGGUGUAUUUAUAUUGUAAAACAAUAAUAAAAAGUUUAUUUUACCAGA